UUCAGUGUUUCAGAAAAAAUAUUGUGUACAAUACAAAUUUUCAAUAACUGUCCGUCCAAAAUAAGUAUUAGGUACGAUAGGCAAUUUAUUUUUAUUUGAAUAAAAUGAUUUCGUGCCUUUUAGUAAUACCAGUGUUAGGUACCUAUUUAUUAUCUAUACAUAUACAUAUACACAUCUACAUAAAUACGAAUUUUGAUUGAUAUGAUGCAGUGUAAUUGUACACAGUUAAGAAUCAAAGUUUGCGACAUUUUCUUUUUGUCGUGAUCCUGAUUAUCACGCGAUUUGUAUGCGUAUCAGGCUGUGCCGUUUAUCUUUCUAAAAUAUUCCACAGUACCUACCUAGUUGUCUUUCUUGAAUUAUUGUAGGUACGAAUAUCUACCUACACAAUAGUUGUAAAGCGUUAACGUUAAAUCGGCAUGAUACCGAAAGUAAGUCUUUUCAUUAUUGGGGCUACUUUAUUUAUGGACCGGUUAAAAUUAAGAGUACAAUUUUGUUUAUUAACCGAAACAAGUAUCUAAAAUCGAAUAGACAUAUUACGCUUACCCUUCGUUCUUGUGUCAUUUGAAAGUGAUACAGUCGAGUAGAAUGGAUCCCCAAAAUGAUAACAGGAUUGAGCUUUUGAGCUCAUACGUGCAGAAAUCAUUACGAUUAAAAGCUGAAAAAUGGGCCAAGAUGAUGUCGAUUGAGGAAAAUAAAGAAGCGGUGAAAAAAUUUUUCGAAAUGCCCAAUAAUACUUUGCUAUUAAUCUAUCUGACUCCGACCGUUCAACUUUUAACUAGCAAUACGUUUCCGUUGCCACAGUUGAAAACCAAGGGGGUUUUCUUCGUCAAAAAGAAUGCUUGUUCAAUAACGAAGACUAAUCCUGCUAAUUUCGUCAUAAUGGGAGAUUUGUCUAGCAAAAUUAUAGAUCAACUCGCAUCUCUUGUGAAUGAGGUUUUGGUACCUUUACUCUUAAACGAAACUAAUCAUAAAGGUUGGCCGAAACUAAUAUCAAGAGAUGUAGAAAAGCAUAUUCAUAAUCUUAAGAGCAGUGUUUCUCAAGUAAGAGGUCAGGUUAAUGGACAAACGGUCCUCCCAAUGCCAAUAGGGAUCGAAAAGGUUGAAGAAGAAGAACGAAAAAUUUUAAAAGAAUCCAACAGCGAAACGUUCGAUCUUUACAUGAAAAGCGCCAUUGAAGGGGUGAUAAUAAAGUGGGCAAGUCAAGUUAAUGAUAUCGUUAAUUGUGGUGUACAUUCUGGGAAUAGUUCAUCACCCGAACUCGGACCGGCUGCAGAAUUGCAUUUUUGGGAUUUAAGGUUAAAAAAUUUGCAGUACAUUUACGACCAAUUAAGAGAAAAAAGAGUUAAGAGCAUGGCAACAAUUUUGGAGAAAUCCGACAGUGCCUACUAUAAUUGCUUCCAAAAUCUUUUCAAAAGCGUCAUUAUGUCUUUGGCGGAAGCACAAGAUGUUAACAUUUAUCUUAAACCCCUUCAAAAAUAUGUCGUCCUUUUAGAAGAAACUGAUUUCUGUGAAUAUUCGUCGCUAUUCCCUCCCUUAAUGACAACUGUCUGUUUAGUAUGGGCGAACUCUAUGUAUUACGAUCAGUCGAGAAUUAUAACACUUUUGAAACAAAUCAGUAAUCUGCUUAUUGAAAAGGCAAGACAAUAUCUAGAUCCAACAACGUUGUUUCAUAGCGAUAUCGACGAGGCAUCGCAACGGGUGAAAAUAGUUGUUGAUAUAAUGAAAAGUUUUAUUGAGGUUUUUACCACUUUUAAAAAGAACAUUCACAGAUUUGCUAAAGAUGGAGAUCGACAAUGGAACUUCCAUAGGAACGCCGUUUUUUCGCGUCUUAAUAUUUUCUUAAGCCGCCUUGAUACUGUCCAGUGGUUUUUUAAUACCGUCAUUGAGUUUACCAAAUUAGAAAAAGUAGAAAUUGGCGGUACAAGGGGCAAAACUCUUAGCGGUAGAGUAGCGGAUGUAUUAAAUGAAUUUCAGCAAUAUUUUCUAGCAUUUUCGAGCAAGGCACAAGAAAUAUUAAAUCCUGAUGAUAAUUCUUUUGAAGCGGAAUUUGAGGAGUUUAAGGUAAAGAUUUAUCACUUAGAUUUAAAAUUGGCUUCGAUAUUUUGUCAAGCGUUUAACGAAGCUGCCAAUUUAGAAGGAAUUUUUAAACUAAUAAGCAUAGUAAAAUGUGUACUUGGUAGAUCUGUUAUCAAAGAAGCAUUUACAAAAAAUUACGAUAGAAUAAUAGAUCUUCUCCAGGAAGAAGUAGAUAGCAUUAAGAUGCUAUUGGAAGAUCGGUUAGAGUAUUUAGAAAAGUUUGGGAAAUUUCAAGUUGAUCGUUUUAUGCCACCGUUAGCCGGUUCAUUGCGAUGGAUAAACAGUUUAAAGACUAGAAUUCAACAAAAUUUAGAAAACAUGAGUGUUGCCCGAAUUACAGCUGAAGAAGGCGCUCAGUGUAUCGUAGACCAAUUUAACAGUUUGAAUAGCGAAUUAAUCUUAUUAACUGAAAAACUAUUUACUGAAUGGACUUCUUCUGUUCCCAUACAAAUAGAAAAUCAUCUUCAAGACUGUUUAAUUAAAUUUACUUCUAAAAACAACGAAUUACAUGUCAAUUUUCAUCCAGAACUAUCGACAAUACUUCGGGAAGUUCAUUACUUACGACAAAUAAAAAUUUUUGACGUUCCCGAUGCAGCUUUAAAAUUGUACGAACGAAAUGACACUUUUCGGCAAUAUCUUCAAAUUUUAAGUGUGUGUGUUAAGUGGUAUAAUGGAAUUAAAAAGUGUGCAAAAGAUUUUGAAUAUCAGCUAAUUAAGCAAGAACUUCAAGAAAUCGAUUCUUUAAUUGAUAUCGGACAAUCAAGUUUAACAUGGAUUUCCAAUGAUAUUUUACCUUACAUAAUGAAAUUUCACGAAUUAGUUGGAAAACUUCAGGGGCAUAUACAAAAAAGCCAGGAUAAUCUCAAUCAAAUAAGAAAUAUUUUUCUACCGUUUAUUAGAGAGCCACUUUUUCAACGAAAGGAUGGAAAAAAGGAAAAUUUGUUAAGUAUCAACGAUUGCGAGGAGAAAUCGUCUAAAAGAGAGAUGGAAAUCAAGAAGAUAGUCAAAGAGAUUGAAGCAUUAAUUUACGAGAAUAUGAAGCUAUUCGAAGUUGAUGGAAUGGAUGAUGAUCCGAAAUGGAUGAAGUACAUUACUUAUGUUGAUAAAAUAGUUUUCAACUAUUUAUUUCAGAUGAUAGGAUGCAGUUUGGGAUAUAUUAAUGAACACAUGGAUCCAACUAACAAAUUACCACCUCUAUUUGCAGCACAAUUAGUUUUAGCAGAACCAAACAUCGUAUUUUCACCAUCACUAGAUCCAAACAGAACAGACAGCCUUCAAGUACUUGUAGUAGAUCUCAUUCAAAAGAUAAUAAAUAUGUCUUUAUAUGUACCUCAAUUUUCGAAAUCACACGGUAAAAGUUACACCAUCCAAAUUGAAGAAAACGACGAUAUUAGAGAAAUAAAACAGAGCAUUUUAGAAAGUGUUGAUCACGUUAUAAACGAAGUUUUCGAAUUUUGUAGUCGCUUCAGUAAUUAUUCUUAUUUAUGGUUGGACGAUAGAAACAUCUACAUGCAACAGUUUCUCACUUAUGGGAGGCAACUUACUGAAGAAGAGUUGGACUUGUUAAAAAUAAAGGACGUCGCAGCCCCAACUCUCAAUUCUCCAACCAUCGAUUCUUUUCGCGAACAAAUCGACACUUUCGAAAAUAUUCUGACAGAAAUAGAAUCGCUUAAAUCGGAACAAGUGUUUAAUUUCUGGUUCAAAGUGGAUGUGAGACCUUUCAAGCAAGCACUUUUAAAUUUGGUUUGUAAAUGGAGCGACAUGUUUAAAAAACAUCUCGUCAACACAGUCACUCACAAUUUGAGAGAUUUAGCAGAAUUUAUUAGGUCUGCUGACGAAGGACUUUUACAAACGGUUAACGAUGGCGAUUACGAUGCCUUGGUUAAUGUGAUGGGUUAUUUGUUAAAGGUUAAAGAAAGACAAGUAAAAACCGACGAAAUCUUUUGCCCUCUCAAGGAAACAAUCGAUCUUUUGAAAUAUUACGAUCAGGAUUUACCUGAAGAAAUAAACGUAUUAUUACAAGAACUUCCCGAACAAUGGAGUAAUACUAAGAAGAUUGCUGUUACAGUUAAACAACAACUUGCACCACUACAAGCUAACGAAGUGACAAGCAUUAGAAAACGAAUUAUUGCUUUCGAAAACCAAACGGUUUACUUCAGAGAAAUAUUUAAAAGGAAGCAGUUUUUUCUAUAUUCAUGUAAUUUUCCGUAUGCUGCCAUGGAUAGUGUCAACAAAGAUCUCGAAAGAUUAGAAAGAGAAAUGAGAGACAUUCAACAAUCCGGUUCGUUGUUUGAAGUCAACGUUCCUGAAUUUAAAUUAUUGAAACUAUGCAGGAAGGAACUGCGCAUGGCAAAGCAACUAUGGGAUUUUAUCAACAUCGUACAUACAUGUGUAGACGAUUGGAAGACGACACCUUGGAGAAAAAUCGACGUUGAAAACAUGGAUAUAGAGUGUAAAAAGUUCGCGAAAGAAGUGAAAAUGCUAGACAAGGAUAUGAGAAGUUGGGAUGCAUUCAUGGGUUUAGAAGCGGCAGUAAAAAAUACAUUAACAUCAUUAAGGGCUGUAGGAGAACUGCAAAAUGGGGCUAUUCGGGAGAGACACUGGGAUCAACUUAUGAACUCGACUAAGAAUUUAGCGUCAGUUCCUGCAGAAUUCAAGACCAAAAUAAUUAUGGAUCAUAAUACGACACUUGCGGAACUACUUCAGCUGAAUCUUCACGAAUGCGAAGAAGAGGUAAAAAAUAUAGUAGAUAAGGCGGUAAAGGAAAUGUCGAUGGAAAAAGUCCUUCGCGAAUUGGAAGUCACUUGGUCAACAAUGGAAUUUGAUCAAGAGUUACAUCAUCGAACUGGUAGUAUUCUUCUAAAAGUGAGCGAAGAACUGAUAGAAACUUUGGAAGAGAACCAAGCGCAAUUACAAAAUUUGAUAACGUCCAAAUAUAUAGCAUACUUUCUAAAGGAAGUUUCGUCUUGGCAACAAAAACUUAAUAUAGCUGAUCAAGUAAUUUCUUUGUGGUUCGAAGUUCAAAGAACAUGGAUACAUUUGGAGUCUAUAUUUAUGAGUUCGGAGGACAUUCGCAAACAACUUCCGGGCGAUUCCGAAAGAUUCUACACUAUUAACGACGACUUUAAGCAACUGGUCAAACAACUUUCCACUGUUCCCAACGUUAUUAAAGCUACUAAAAACAGAGACCUUGUACCAUGUUUAGAAAACUUACAAAAAGGUCUAACACUUUGCGAAAAAGCUCUCGCAGUUUAUUUGGAGACCAAACGACUCGCCUUUCCUCGAUUUUACUUCGUCUCUUGUGCAGACCUGUUGGAUAUUCUUUCCAAUAGUAAUCAGCCCGAAUUAGUUUCGAAACAUUUAAUCAAAUUAUUCGAUUCCAUUUGCAAACUGAUACUAGAAAAAGAUAAUAACGAUUCUGUCAAUGUUAUUAAAGGCAUGGUGGCGAAAGAUGGAGAAGUUGUCAAAUUCGAAAAGCAAUACGACUGUAACGGAGCAGUUGAAGUUUGGCUGAAUAGGUUGCAAAGUGGAAUGCGUACAAACCUGCGUUUCUAUUUAGCCGAAGCAGUUGCCUUAUACGAAGAAAAACCGAGGGAUCAAUGGCUGUUUGAUUAUCCAGCCCAGGUGUCUUUAUGCGGAACUCAAAUUUGGUGGACUACAGAAGUGAACGCUGCUUUUGCGAGAUUCGAAGAGGGUUAUGACAACGCUAUUCGAGACUAUUUUAAAAAACAAGUUUCGCAAUUAAGCACGUUGAUAAAUCUUCUAUUGGGAGACUUGACGAAACAAAACAGGCAAAAGGUUAUGACCGUUUGUACGAUAGACGUUCAUUCGAGAGAUGUGGUUGGAAAAUUAAUUCAAAUGAAAACCGAAAACUCGUUGGCUUUUCAAUGGGUUGCUCAGUUAAGACACCGGUGGGAUGAAAAGGAAAAGGAUUGUUUUGCAAACAUUUGUGAUGCUGAAUUCCUCUAUAAUUAUGAGUAUUUAGGAAACACUCCACGUUUAGUUAUAACCCCAUUGACAGACAGGUGUUAUAUUACUCUUACUCAGAGCUUACAUUUGGUCAUGGGCGGUGGUCCAGCAGGACCAGCAGGAACUGGUAAAACGGAAACGACUAAAGAUCUGGGAAGAGCGUUGGGCAUGAUGGUAUAUGUUUUCAACUGUUCAGAGCAAAUGGACUACAAGUCGUGCGGAAAUAUUUACAAAGGGUUGGCGCAGACAGGCGCAUGGGGAUGUUUCGAUGAAUUCAACAGAAUAUCAGUCGAGGUGUUGUCUGUCGUUGCGGUCCAAGUCAAAUCUGUUUUAGAUGCUAUACGUAAUAAGAAAGAAACUUUCGAUUUUUUGGGGGAAAAAAUUCCACUCGUCGCCACAGUAGGCCUAUUUAUUACUAUGAAUCCUGGAUACGCAGGAAGAACAGAAUUACCCGAAAAUUUAAAAGCGCAAUUUAGGCCUUGUGCAAUGGUCGUUCCUGAUUUUGAACUUAUUUGUGAAAUUAUGCUGGUAGCAGAAGGCUUUCAGGAAGCGAAAAUUCUGGGAAGAAAAUUUAUAACUCUUUACACUUUAUGCAAAGAAUUACUGUCAAAACAGGAUCAUUACGAUUGGGGACUACGAGCUAUAAAGUCUGUACUCGUUGUGGCAGGUUCAUUAAAGCGUGGCGAUCCUGGUCGCCCUGAAGAAGAAGUUUUAAUGAGAGCUUUGAGGGACUUUAAUAUCCCCAAAAUUGUGAUGGAAGAUUUUCCGGUAUUCAUGGGAUUAAUAGGUGAUUUAUUUCCUGCUUUAGAAGUUCCACGAAAACGAGAUGCCGACUUCGAAAGAACUGUUAAACAGGCAACUGUGGACCUUCGGUUGCAACCAGAAGACAAUUUCAUUCUCAAAGUAGUUCAAUUAGAAGAACUUUUAGAAGUUAGACAUUCAGUAUUCAUUGUGGGUAGUGCGGGUACUGGGAAAACGCAAGUAUGGAAAUCACUAAUUAAAACGUACCAGAAUAUGAAACGAAAACCAAUUUAUAACGACUUGAACCCUAAAGCGGUAACAAAUGACGAAUUAUUUGGCAUAAUCAAUCCAGCGACACGAGAAUGGAAAGAUGGCUUAUUUUCUGUUUUGAUGCGCGAACAAGCUAACGCGGUUAAUGAUCACCCAAAAUGGAUUGUACUCGACGGUGACAUUGAUCCAAUGUGGAUCGAAUCACUUAAUACAGUAAUGGACGAUAAUAAGGUAUUAACACUUGCCAGUAACGAAAGAAUUGGUCUCACUCCUGCAAUGCGUCUAAUUUUUGAAAUUUCAAACCUCAAAACUGCCACUCCUGCAACAGUCUCGAGAGCUGGAAUUCUUUACAUCAAUUCGCAGGAUCUUGGUUGGAAUCCAUUUGUAACUAGUUGGAUAGAAACGAGGUCUAAUCAAUCCGAAAAGUCUAAUUUAAUUAUGCUGGCUGACAAGUAUAUUCCUACGUGCUUAGAAAAUAUUAGAACUCGAUUCAAAAGGAUAAUUCCUUUACCGGAAAUUUCACAUGUUCAAAUGCUCUGCCAUUUACUCGACUGCCUCCUUAUUCCGGAAAAUAUACAAUCAGAUGCUCCUAAAGAACUGUACGAACUCUACUUCGUUUUUAGUGGUGUAUGGGCUUUUGGGUCUACGAUAUUUCAAGAACAAACAAUCGAUCAUCGUGUAGAAUUUACAAAAUGGUGGGCUAGCGAAUUUAAGACAAUUAAAUUUCCGAGCGGAGGUAGUGUGUUUGAUUAUUACGUUGAUUCAGAAUCAAAGCAGUUUAUGCCUUGGUCAGAAAGAAUUGGACGGUUCGAGUUGGAUACAGAUGUCCCGUUGCAGGCCACGUUGGUCCACACUGCUGAGUCAAUACGUCUUAAAUUCUUUCUGGACUUAUUUAUGGAAAAAAUGAAACCUGUAAUGUUAGUGGGAAAUGCGGGCGUUGGAAAAACAGUUUUAGUUAGUGAAAAGCUUUCGUCAUUGUCAGAAAAAUUCGCAGUUUGCAGAGUACCUUUUAAUUUCUACACUACUUCCGAAAUGCUUCAGAAAAUUUUGGAGAAACCUCUAGAAAAGAGAGCUGGCCGUAAUUAUGCUCCUCCAGGAAAUAAAAACAUGAUUUUUUUCAUCGACGAUAUGAAUAUGCCAGAGGUUGAUCAAUACGGAACCGUCCAACCGCAUACUUUAAUCCGUCAACAUUUAGAUUACAACCAUUGGUACGAUCGUGGGCGGUUAACGUUAAAGGACAUACACAAUUGCCAAUAUGUCUCUUGUAUGAAUCCGACUGCUGGCAGUUUUACUAUAAACCCGAGACUUCAAAGACAUUUCUACGUAUUUGCGGUUAAUUUUCCUUCGAAUGAUUCGUUGAUCACUAUCUAUCAGACUAUAAUUAGCCAACACUUCACGAAUCCAGAAUACAAAAUACCAUCGUGCAUUUGGAAUUUAUCGUUAAAUAUUGUAAACGCUACAAUCAUGUUACACAGCAAAGUUUCGCAGGUUUUCUUGCCCACUGCUGUUAAAUUUCAUUACAUCUUCAACCUCAGAGAUAUGUCUAACGUAUUUCAGGGUUUGCUUUUUGGGACGGGCGACUGCCUCAACACAUCUUCUGAUGUGGUUCGACUGUGGUUACACGAAAGUCACAGGGUUUACGGAGACAAGUUAGUCGAGGAAAAAGAUAUUGAAGCAUUUUGUAAGAUUCAGUGCGAUAUAUUCAAGAAAAAUUUCGAGGAUGUUGAAGAAUCGCUCGUUUCUGAAAAGCCAAACAUUUAUUGUCACUUUGCGUUAGGAAUAGGUGAACCUAAGUAUAUGCCGAUUAAAAAGUGGGUUAAACUGCAUCAGUUGUUAACCGAAGCGAUGAUCAGCUAUAACGAUUUAGUGGCUGCAAUGAACUUGGUCCUUUUCGAAGAUGCCAUGAUGCAUGUGUGCAGAAUCAAUAGAAUUUUGGAAUCUCCGAGAGGAAGUGCAUUAUUGGUAGGUGUCGGCGGAAGUGGAAAACAGUCUUUAUCUCGUUUAGCAGCAUUUAUUUCUUCACUAGAAGUAUCUCAAAUUCAAGUCAAAAAGGGAUACAGCGUUGUAGACUUGAAAUACGAACUGGCGGCUUUAUAUCUGAAAUGUGGUUUGAAAAAUGUUGGCAUCAUGUUCCUUGUAACAGACGCCCAAAUAGCGAACGAACAAUAUUUGGUACUGAUUAAUGACAUAUUGGCAACUGGCGAAACCCCCGAUAUGUUUCCCGAAGACGAAGUUGAAAACAUCAUUUCCGGAGUAAGAAAUGAAGUAAAGGGAGCCGGAAUUCUGGACACCAGAGAAAAUUGUUGGAAAUUUUUCAUCGAUCGUGUACGGCGACAGCUAAAGAUCGUUUUGUGUUUCUCACCCGUCGGAUCCACAUUAAGAAUACGAGGAAGAAAGUUCCCAUCUUUAAUAAACUGCACGCAAACCAACUGGUUCCAUGAAUGGCCCCAAGAGGCAUUAAUAUCUGUUUCAAUGAGAUUUCUUCGGGAGCUAUCUCCACUUCCAGAAGAAAUGCAAGAUUCGGUGGCCCGUUUCAUGGCAUUUGUUCAUACGUCAGUCAAUCAAACGUCCAAACUGUAUCUCCAAAACGAACGUAGACACAAUUACACCACACCGAAAUCCUUCCUUGAACAAAUAAGUUUGUACUCUAAGCUUUUAAAGCUCAAGGCGAAAGAAUUAGAAAGGAAAGUUGAUCGACUAAAUAACGGGCUCGACAAGUUAAGGAAAACGGCGGCUCAAGUGGACGAACUAAAGAUAAAACUAGCCGUACAGGAAGUAGCGUUGAAAGAAAAGAACGAAGCUGCCGACACAUUAAUUGAAAUUGUUCGUGUCGAAACCGAAAAGGUUUCGGUUGAGAAAACCCUUGCCGACGAAGAGGAACUUAAAGUGGUAGAGAUUGCAGAAGAAGUAAGUCAAAAACAAAAAGACUGCGAAGAAGAUUUGAGAAAAGCUGAACCAGCUCUCGCGGCUGCUCAAGAAGCUCUCAAUACUUUGAAUAAAGCGAAUUUGACGGAACUCAAAUCGUUCGGAUCUCCACCAGGCGCAGUUACGAACGUUACAGCAGCCGUUAUGGUACUUUUAGCUCCAGCUUCGAAAAUACCCAAAGAUCGUAGCUGGAAAUCCGCCAAGCUUAUGAUGGCGAAAGUGGAUAAUUUCUUAGAUUCACUUAUAAAUUACGACAAGGAAAAUAUUCACCCAGAGAUAAUAAAGGCGAUCGAACCGUACCUUAAGGAUCCGGAAUUCGAUCCAGAUUUCGUACGUUCGAAAUCAACUGCUGCAGCUGGCCUGUGUGCAUGGGUGAUUAAUAUAAUAAAAUUUUACGAAGUUUUUUGCGAUGUGGAACCUAAACGGAAAGCUCUGACCCAAGCAAAUGCCGACUUGGCCGCUGCACAAGAGAAACUAGCUGCAAUUAAAAGAAAAGUAGUGUCAUUAGAAGAACAAUUGGCUCAAUUAACGGCCGACUUUGAGCAAGCUACAGCUGAAAAGAUGCGUUGUCAACAAGAAGCGAAUGCCACCAAUGCUACUAUACAGCUUGCUAACCGAUUAGUUGGGGGGUUAGCUAGUGAAAAAGUGCGAUGGGCGGAGGCAGUUAAUAAUUUAACCGCACAGGGUUAUACGUUACCGGGUGAUGUACUUUUAAUAACCGCAUUCAUUUCGUAUGCAGGUUGUUUUACGAAACAAUAUAGACAAGACCUGAUUAACAAGCACUGGUUGCCACACAUGAAAAACAUAGAACCAAGAAUUCCGAGAACCGAUAAAUUAGAUCUGUUAUCUUUGUUAACUGAUGAUACACAAAUAGCCAAGUGGCAAAAUGAAGGUCUUCCAAGUGACCGAAUGUCAUCAGAGAAUGCUACGAUAUUAACAAAUUCGGAUAGGUGGCCUCUAAUGAUUGAUCCACAGCUUCAGGGAUUAAAGUGGAUCAAACAAAGGUACGGCGAUGCUCUACACAUCAUUCAGUUUGGUCAAAAGGGUUGUUUCGAAACUAUAGAGAAAUCCCUAACAUCAGGUGCUACCGUACUUUUGGAAAAUAUCGACCAAGAUAUUGAUCCUACUUUAGACGCCCUAAUUGGCAGAAACUUGAUUAAAAAAGGAAAAGCUAUCAAACUUGGAGAGAGGGAGAUAGAGUAUAAUUCGAAUUUUCGCUUAAUUCUACAAACAAAAUUAGCCAAUCCGCACUAUAAACCGGAGAUGCAAGCUCAAACCACUCUUAUUAACUUUACGGUAACCAAAGACGGACUUGAAGAUCAGUUGCUGGCUGAAGUUGUAAAAGCUGAACGUCCCGAUUUGGAAGACCUAAAGGCAGAAUUAACAAAACAACAGAACGAUUUCAAAAUCAUAUUAAAAACGUUAGAAGACGACCUUCUGUCGCGUCUUUCUUUAGCAGGCGAGAACAUUCUGGAAGACGCAAGUUUAGUCGAAAAUUUAGAAACAACAAAACGCACAGCGGCAGAAAUCGAAAAGAAGGUACAGGAAGCCAAAAAGACUUCCAUACAAAUAGAUCAAGCUAGAGAAAACUAUAGACCAGCUGCUGCUAGGGCAAGUCUGUUAUAUUUCAUAUUAAACGAGCUAAACACCAUCAAUCCCAUCUAUCAGUUUUCAUUAAAGGCCUUUAAUGUUGUUUUUCAAAAAGCCAUUACUAAAGCAAAACCUUCCGAAGUGGUUUCAGAAAGAGUAGAAAAUUUAAUAGACUGCAUCUCGUUUUCCGUUUUUCAAUAUACAACAAGAGGCCUUUUCGAAUGUGACAAACUUAUAUUUGCGUCGCAGAUGACUUUUCAGAUUCUUCUCAUGAGCGAAGAAAUUCUCCCUUCAGAUUUGGACUUCUUUCUCAGAUUUCCGAUAAAGCCACACGUCACCAGCCCGGUAGAUUUUCUAUCGAAUUCGAGUUGGGGAAGUGUGUGUAGUUUGUCGACUAAAGAGGAAUUCAGAAAUUUAGAUCGUGAUAUAGAAAACUCUAACAAACGCUGGAAAAAAUUUGUCGAAACCGAUUGCCCUGAAAGGGAAAGGUUUCCGCAGGAAUGGAAAAAUAAAUCGGGAUUACAAAGGCUCUGUAUGCUUAGAGCCUUAAGGCCCGACAGAAUGACUUACGCAAUGAGCGCAUUCAUCGAAGAAAAAUUAGGUCAGAAGUAUGUGGAAAAUGCAACAGUCGAUUUUGCAAUGUCAUUCGAAGAGACCAGUCCGUCGACUCCGAUAUUUUUCAUUCUUAGUCCAGGUGUAAAUCCUCUUCGAGAUGUUGAAACCCUCGGCUUACAGCUCGGUUUCAAAGCUGAAAAUCACAAUUUUCACAACGUUUCGUUAGGCCAAGGCCAAGAAGUUGUGGCCGAAUCGGCUAUGAGUUUGGCCGCAACUCAUGGACAUUGGGUUGUGUUGCAAAAUAUACAUUUGGUCCGUAAAUGGCUUUCUACUUUGGAAAAGAAAUUAGAACAAUUCGCAGCAUGUGCCCAAAAGAACUACAGGGUUUUUAUGAGUGCAGAACCAGCGGCAACUCCUGACGCUCACAUUAUACCACAGGGUAUUCUUCAGUCUUCUAUAAAAAUAACUAACGAACCACCUUCUGGUAUGCAAGCAAACAUUCACAAGGCACUUUCAAAUUUUAAUCAAGAGACGUUAGAACAGUGCGGAAAAGAAGCAGAAUUUAAAGUUAUUCUUUUUUCGUUGUGCUAUUUCCAUGCAGUUGUCGCCGAACGGAGAAAAUUUGGGCCUCAGGGCUGGAAUAAAGUGUAUCCCUUUAAUAUGGGGGAUUUAACAAUUAGCGUUUUUGUCCUUUACAAUUAUCUGGAGGCAAAUACGAAAGUCCCUUGGGAGGAUCUGAGGUACCUGUUCGGUGAAAUAAUGUACGGGGGUCAUAUCACCGACGACUGGGAUCGCAGAUUGUGUAAUACUUAUUUAGAAGAAUUUCUUCAAUCAGAUUUGAUCGACGGUGAAUUAAUGUUGGCACCGGGAUUCCCCGCGCCCCCUAACACAGAUUAUGUAGGAUAUCAUAAUUAUAUUGACGAAGCUUUGCCCCCGGAAUCGCCAACACUUUACGGACUCCAUCCGAACGCGGAAAUCGGUUUUCUAACGACCACUGCUGAAAAUCUGUUCAAAACUGUGUUCGAAAUGCAACCUCGUGACGCGUCCGUUUCCGCUGCAACUGCUGUCACCAAAGAAGAUAAGGUUAAGCAGAUUGUGGACGAAAUGUACGAAAAACUUCCGGAAGACUUUAAUAUGGCCGAGAUAACAGGAAAAGUGGAAGAAAGAACCCCUUACGUAGUGGUGGCAUUUCAAGAAUGCGAACGCAUGAAUUAUCUGAUUGGAGAAAUAAGAAGAUCUCUUAAAGAAUUAGAUUUGGGUUUGAAAGGGGAAUUAACCAUUACAUCGGACAUGGAAAAUUUAGAAAACUCGUUAUUUUUGGAUCAAGUACCGUCAAGUUGGAGCACGCGAGCUUAUCCGUCUUUAUUAAGCUUGACUCCUUGGUUUGUUGACUUGCUUCUACGCAUUCGAGAGUUGGAAACAUGGACCACCGACUUUGUGUUGCCCUUAUCAGUAUGGUUGGGUGGGUUUUUUAAUCCACAAUCACUAUUAACAGCUAUAAUGCAAAGCACCGCAAGAAGACACGAAUUACCGCUGGACAAAAUGUGUUUACAGUUCGACGUCACAAAAAAGCAGAAGGAGGAAUUUACUGCUGCUCCUCGUGACGGUGCAUAUAUACACGGCUUGUUUAUGGAAGGGGCUCGGUGGGACAUUCAAUGCGGUAUAAUAAUGGAAUCGAGAUUGAAGGAGCUGUUUCCUGCUAUGCCGGUAAUUAACGUUCGUGCCAUCACCCAGGAAAAACAGGAUUUAAGAAACAUAUACGAAUGUCCCCUUUAUAAAACGAAGUCGCGUGGCUCAACCUACGUUUGGACAUUCAACUUAAAAACGAAAGACAAACCUGCCAAAUGGACUUUGGCCGGGGUUGCCUUGUUAUUGCAAAUAUAA